AUCAUAUUGGCCGCGAUCUUCCCGCUGUCUCUCAUCUAUUAUUUGAUUCAAAGGGUUUAUAUAUCGGGUUCGCGACAAUUGAAGCGAAUCGACUCAACCACUCGUUCCCCUAUUUAUAACCACUUCAGCGAAACAGUGAGCGGUUCGGCCAGUAUUAGGGCGUAUGGCGUGACCGAUAUGUUUAUACGGGAGUCCAAUAGACGGGUCGAUGAAAACCAUAUCUGUUAUUAUCCAAGUUUUACGGCCUCCCGAUGGCUGGCCAUUAGACUCGAGUUCUUGGGUUAUAGUAUAGUAUUUUUGGCGGCAAUGUUUGCUGUCUUAGCCCGACAUUCGUUGAGUCCAGGAUUGGCGGGUUUGGCCAUAAGUUAUUCACUGAAUAUAACUGGCAUUUUGGGAAUGUUUGUCCGAUCGGCCACUGAUCUCGAGACUAAUAUAGUCUCAGUUGAGAGGUGUCUGGAAUAUACGGAAACUCCGACAGAAGCCGAGUGGUACGACGAGAUUACUAAACCUUCACCCGAUUGGCCCGAAAGGGGAGAAAUAAAGUUCAUUGACUACAGCACUAGAUAUAGAGAAGGAUUGGAUUUAGUGCUCAAAAAGAUUACAUUAGAAGUUCGGCCCAAAGAGAAGGUGGGAAUAGUC